AUGUCAAAAUUACCAACAAAUGCAACGACAUAUAAACUUCAUGCGCCAAAUUAUGUCUCGUCCUUGUCAGAUAAUAACAACGAAACCAUCGAUAAAUAUAUGAUACAUUCACCGACAUUUCCAGCACCCGUUAAAUCAUCUAAAAAAUCGAUUUCAAAUCUUUCUUUUUCUAGUAUAAACAACAAUAAUGGAAUCAAACAAAGAAAAUCAAUAAAAUUCCAACCAGAAGAUGACAAUAAAUUUUCUACGAGACUCGGAAAAAAUUUUAUAAAUUUGAUUAAUUCAAUUCAUAAAAAAUUAUCAAGAAUAAUCGAAUUGAUGACAUAUCUUAGGUUAAUUUUAGCUUUAACCCUUUACUCAUUAGUUUUGGUUGAUGUUAUACAUAUACACGAGAAAAAAGAAAAAAAAUUUUGGAUAGAAAUAUUUACUCAGGCAAUAAAUGCAGCAUUUAUAUUCCUAACGAUAGUUGGGCAUCCAAAAAGGUUAAGAAAUUUACCUAGAGCCAUUCGGAUAAGUUGGGUAGUUAUGAAAGGAAAAAUGUCAACUAUAAAUUCAUAUUUGUCAACAUAUACCGAAAUACAAAAAACUCAAAUUAAUGUAGCAAGAGAUUAUAAAUGGUACGUUUAUGACACUUUGGAUUCUUCUUUAAAUUGUACUCCCAUAAAAUUAUUGUCAAUUCUUCUUAUAUGGAACAUUGGAACUUUAGCGCAAUAUGGAAUAUCAGGAAUUUUGUGGUUUAUUCCACAAUCUAAACGACCCGAAAUUCCUUAUUUAAUUCUGACGAUAAUAACAUCAGUUAGUGAAUUUUUACCAAUACCUGCUGUCGUGAUUCAAUCUAAACGCGCUAGAAUGGCGCAUAAUUAUGAAAUUCGCUAUACUUUUAGAUAUUCAAUACAAGACUCUUGUUAA